AUGCCUUUUUUGUUGUGUUGGUUUUGGCCUACAUAUAAAUGGGGAGAAAGAGUUGUUUACAUUACAUGGAUGUGCAUUCUACUGCUGCGCAUCAUCGUCCGCCUCCUAUUUCCUUUUUUUUUUUUCUUUUAUUGUGUGUGUGAGUGUGUGUCUGUGGCGCUCAAUAGGAUGUCCGCUGAGGCGCCAGCGUUACCACCCAACACCACUAACGGGGAUGGGUCACAGCGCGCCCACAUGGAGGAUGACGUUGUGCCAGCUCAACGUGUGCGAUUGGAGGGAGAGGAGGAAUUUUCCAUUCGGCUUUGGGCGGCACGUGUUCAGUACAUGGAGAUGGCGAGGAUGAAUGGAAAUUUGGAGGGACACCACACACCACAUGGUCCUGUACUCCCACCUGGUUGGUAUAUUAACAUUAACGAUCCUGUUUUACUCACGUAUGACCCAUACUUUAGGUCCCAUGCGGCCAAGGCCGACGCGGCAUCUGCGCCACUCUUUAGCGCGAAAGAAGGCCGGUAUUACGCGGAAAGUGCCCUGCCGCUAUGCCGAGUGGAGGCCCACUCGCUCAAGUCUUGCCCUCCUGCGGGAGACUGCCUGACGGAUUUGAACAGAGAGGCUUUAGGGAACGUUUCUCCAUGCCGCACCGGCAAUGUUGUGGCAAGGCGCCGCAUUAAGGCUGGGGAAGUCAUCGCCAUGGACGUGUCGGAGCUCUGUGUUGUGGAGGACACGCUUGUGUGGCGUUUCUUUCCCCGCUCCUCUGCCUCCUGCAGGAAGAAAAAGGGUGGGAGAAGUGGUAAGGAAGAAAAAGGCCCCAUAAAGAGGAAUGGCGUCAGAUGCACCCCUGAAACGUUUUCACCUGAGAUCGUGGCCGCCGCACGUCAGAUUGUACUUCACGCACACGCGAUACGAAACGGCGUGUCAACGCUUGUGGAGACCGGCUUUGCCCAGCUGCUUGCAUCCCUGUUGCUGUGGUGUGGCGACAUUGAUCUGCUUCCGAGAGAGGAAGAAGUAAAAACUGCUUUCAAGAGUCUGGAGACGUGUGGUAACUUUUACAUUGGUCCCGUGACCUCAAGCGCGGCACUGCGCCAAUCGCAACGUGUGGAGGCGUUUAUUGAACGGUGGUGUGCCGUGCCAGUAGAAUCCGAUCCCCAUUUCACUGCCCUGCGUGGUGCUGCCAUGCUCCUGCUGCAGUGCAUUCCUCCGGCAUUGCUGUCGUGUGCCCAGAAAGAUCCAACUGAGGCAGGAGGUUGUCUUUCACUGCAAAAUGGCAACGCAUUUGUGGUACCACAUUACGGAUUUAUUCGGAGAAUGCGAUUACAUAGCCCGGACCGUCUUGCGCAGUUGCUGCUGGGCUUUUCCCGUGAAGCGGUUCCGAUUCAUGUCCCCGAUCUCCCCGCACGUAGUGGUUUUUUCCCUUUUCUUCGUCGUGUUCCACAUGAGUGUCGACCAAACAGUUUUGUCAUGUUUUUGGACUCGCCUGCAUCGCACUGCUACGGUGAAGCAGGGUUCUUUGAUUAUAACACGACCGGUAGACAUCUCGACGGGGAAACGAGGGCCGAAGCACCCGUAUCAUGGGGGUUUCCCUGUUCGGAUCGAGUCUUUCUUCCAUCUGUGGCAGUUCUUGUGGCAUGUCGUGAUAUUAAUUGCGGAGAACAUAUUUCUCGUGGUCUGUUUCAGUCGGUCUUUAUGACGCAGCCGCAACGAUCGAAGAUUGUGCGGCAACUCUUUGGAGUGCCGUGUAGUUGCCGUUGGUGUGUUGAAGAGCCCGAUGUAGCGCGUGCCUUCCGUUGCCCGCAAUGUCCCCGUAAUUGUGGUGUCAUUUGUCCCGUUGGGGAUGGCAGCCGCCUCAAAGAGUGGGUUUGCCUUCAGUGUGGGUAUCGUCCUGACGUGAAUGAGGUUCACCGCUGCCUUGACGAGGAGCAGGAGCUGGCAAGAGUUAAGGCGGAUAAGAUGAGUGGAUUGGUGCGUCUAUUGCAGGCGGAUACAGUACACUACAGUCAUGCUAUCGUUUUUCACAAGAUAGAUGGAUGGUGUCAAAAGGCGUGGCAGGGCCAGGAUGCAUCCAUGUGUCUAGAGUAUCUGGAUGUCAUGCAGAAAAGUGUUCAUCGUGUGCUGGAUCCGUGUGACCCGCAGGUGGCACAGGUGCAUGAAUUUACCGCUCAAGUCAAUCAUACGGUGGGUUCUGCACAUACUGCACGUUACGAGUACUUUCUCGCACUGCAGAUUCGUCUGCGUGCUGGGAUGCGCUACGCACACUGGACACGUAAGACAUGGUUCAUGGCAGCUGAAAAGUCUCUGGCGGAAUUUUUGGAUAGCGUCUGA